CGUGGAUCAAUGAAUACGUCCACUGGUUAUCAAACCAUCACACAAGUGGUUCCUCGCAUUCACAGUCAGUCAGUCAGUCAAGAAAUGUCUCUCUCCUCUCCACUCAACACACGUGCUGCCUGUCUGUCUGUCACGCACAUGUCCGUCCGUAAUUCACCCACCACACAUAUCAUAUCGACACAGAAGGACACGAUUCGUAGACCAAACCACUGCAUGCCAUGGCAUGCAGUGAGUGCACCGGCCGGCAUGCGCGUACCGUCUUAGCUGUCCAAUGCAAUGGUGGGUGGUCAAUGCAAUCAAUGGUGGGUGGUCCGACCCGACUCGACCCCACUCACACGCGUGUACGACUCAAAUGCCCCCGGGGGGAAGUACUUUGAACACGGCCUUGGCCUGCAUACACACACAUACCGACACACCAGUUGUGUUACACACGGCUGGCUGCACGCCCACACCGUACGUACCCCAUCCCAUCCACCCCACCCACCCGUAGUGCGUCAAGCGGGACGAAUCCGUAGUUGUGGCUGUCGAUGCUCUCAUUCAUAUUGUCUCCAAGCAGAAACACACAGCCAUUGGGGACGACCUCAGGGCCAAAGCUAUACAUUGGUGGUGACGACGACAUCAUCUUGUACCGCCCCCGCACAUCCACACCGUUCACAAGCACCCCAUCCGGCGAAAUCGCAACGGUGUCGCCCUGUCCAAACAAACAGGCAGGCAGGCAGGACACAAACACACAUUUCACGCAUGUCUAUCUGCGUCCAUGCCUCUCCCCCCACGCAGGUGUGUGCAUGAGAGCCCAUGAGGGUCACCUCCUUAGCGAUGAUGCGUCUGAAUGCGAUGGCCCUGCCGCCCGCCAGCCGCCAGAUCUCGUCGUCUCUGCUCGGGUCGCCAGUGGCAGCAAUCUGACGCUUCACAUAUUGCUGACACGGACACAAGAAACACAAAACAGAUAGUUCAUGUCUUUUGGCACUUGUUGGUUGUACACGCACGCACCUUUACGAAAUCUGGUUGUGACAUCUCAACCACGUCCCCGACUUGGAAGGCGUCCCUGGAAUAACCGCAACCAAAGUUUACCACCAAGCCUCUUGGUGUGAUUGCUGGCUCUCUGCCUUACUGUUUGAUGAGCUUGUUGACCACGACCAGGGACUGCGAUUCAAGGACCGGCUGCAUGCUCUGGGAUGCGUUGAUAACCGUGUCAAAAACAAAGAAGCGCAGCAGUAGGAUGGGCAGGACGACUAUGCCGAUGGCCAGGGCGUCCCACUUGCCGCUCGUCAGCUCCUUCAGUGCCUUUGCCACACCAGUCGGCUCGCUCUGCACAUACACACAUACAGAAGAGACAGGCAGGCAGGCAGGCAGGCCGCCACUCAGACGGACUACAUAUGUCUGCAGUGCAUGUCAGGGAACCCUGGGUGGGUACCUACCUGUUGUUGCAUCCUGCGCGCCUCCUCUUCUUGCUUCCUUCUCCUGACGAACUCGGCGAUCAUGCUGUCGCUGGGAGCCGAAGACAGGUCGUCGUUGUCUAACCCGGGGAUAACAACCACCUUGUCCCCAUUCACACCACCCUGAUAGACCCACCAGCACACGGCCACACGGCACGACACGAUCAAUCAUCAGCUUGUGCAGUGUGUCGUGAUGGCACCCAUCCCACCCACCCACCCACCCACCUGUUUCUUGGCUUCCCGCGGUAUCACCAUCAGCUCUCCGCCAGGCUGCCGGGAUGCUCUGUCAGUGGGCUGAGCUGGCGCCUGGGCUCGCUCCUCAAGGCCCUCAAUCACCCGCAAGCCCAGCUCUUUCAUCUGGUCACGUGCCGCAGUGUUGUCAUCGAACCGCCCACUCUGGAUCUGCUGAAUGAGACUCUCGCUCCUGACCUCGUCACCCUCAUCCUUCGGAGCCGAUGCCUUGCCAUCCGCCUGCAUGUGCAGAGAUCUGUGAAGCCUUCGCCGCCUGACAUGCAGCGGCUGCCAAUGGUGAUGCCACAAUGAUGGAGCAGGGCCGACAAAUGCUGACGAGAUGAGGGCGGCGUGCACUGCAAUCCCCAUGGUGAACAAAGAAGAGAUCAGGACGCUUCGCUGC